GCUGCCCCCGCGCCCAGCGGCUCCGGGCCCGGCUUCGGCUGCGGGCUCGGCGCGGCCCGGCCCGGCGUGCGGUGGGGAGGAUGGGGCAGCGGUGGAGGUCGGCGAAAGGCAGCGGCCCGGCCACGCCAUGACCGGCGAGAAGAAGAAGAAGAAGCGGCUCAACCGCAGCGUCCUGCUGGCCAAGAAGAUCGUGAUCCGGGACGGGCCCGGCCGCCAGGGGCUUGGGGAGCCCAGUGUGUACCAUGCUGUGGUGGUUAUAUUCCUGGAGUUCUUUGCCUGGGGGCUACUGACCACACCAAUGCUGACGGUGUUACACCAGACUUUUCCUCAGCACACAUUCUUGAUGAAUGGCCUGAUUCAUGGAGUCAAAGGUCUGCUUUCUUUUCUAAGUGCCCCACUGAUUGGUGCUCUCUCUGAUGUCUGGGGCAGGAAGUCCUUCCUCCUCCUCACUGUCUUCUUCACAUGUGCACCAAUUCCCUUGAUGAAGAUCAGUCCAUGGUGGUAUUUUGCUGUCAUUUCCAUGUCUGGAGUCUUUGCUGUCACCUUCUCUGUGAUCUUUGCCUACGUUGCUGACAUCACACAGGAGCAUGAACGCAGCACAGCCUAUGGCCUGGUCUCAGCCACGUUUGCUGCCAGUCUGGUGACAAGCCCAGCAAUUGGUGCAUACCUUUCCCAAGCCUAUGGAGAUACCUUGGUGGUUGUGUUGGCUUCAGGUGUUGCUUUGCUGGACAUUGGUUUCAUCCUGUUGGCUGUGCCAGAGUCUCUGCCAGAAGAGAUGCGCCCAGUCUCCUGGGGAGCUCCAAUCUCUUGGGAACAAGCAGAUCCCUUUGCUUCCUUGAGGAAAGUGGGUCAGGAUUCAACAGUGCUGCUCAUCUGUAUCACCGUGUUUCUCUCCUACCUUCCUGAAGCUGGCCAGUACUCCAGCUUUUUCCUCUACCUGCGCCAGGUCAUUGGUUUUUCCUCAGAGACUGUGGCAGCCUUUAUUGGUGUGGUUGGAAUUCUCUCCAUCCUGGCUCAGACAGUUGUGUUGGGAAUUCUCAUGCGCUCCAUAGGAAACAAAAACACCAUCCUGCUGGGGCUGGGCUUCCAGAUCCUGCAGCUUGCCUGGUAUGGCUUUGGAUCACAGCCUUGGAUGAUGUGGGCAGCAGGAGCUGUGGCUGCCAUGUCCAGCAUCACCUUCCCAGCCAUCAGUGCCAUGGUGUCUAGGAAUGCAGAUCCUGACCAACAGGGUGUGGUGCAGGGGAUGAUCACUGGCAUCAGGGGGCUGUGCAAUGGCCUGGGGCCAGCACUCUAUGGCUUUGUUUUCUAUCUCUUCCACGUGGAGUUGAAUGAGAUGGCUGAGGUGGAAACUUUGGGCAAGGCCUCCAAACCCAACAUGGCCAACCCUACAGAUGAGAGCAGCAUUAUCCCAGGGCCUCCCUUCCUGUUUGGGGCUUGUUCUGUCCUCCUCUCGCUCUUGGUGGCCUUGUUCAUCCCUGAACACAACCUUACCCUGAGGUCAGGCAGCCACAAGAAGCACAGUAACGGAGCCCAGAGCCACCCCCACAGCCCCCAGGCUGGAGGAUCUGAUGGCAAAGAGCCUCUGCUGGAGGACAGCAGUGUCUGAGCUUGGCAGAGAAAGGACUUGGCUGUGUCUCAGCUCCAGAUUCAGGAUGGACUUAGGCAGGGGGAGUUUGGGGAGAGAGAGGGGAGAGGAGAAAGGAGGUAACAGACUGUACCACUAAUGAGAUGGGACAGGGUCCCCUUCAAGCCAAAUAUACCCAGCUGGUGCAAAAAGGGGGUUGUAUCACCUGGUGCUGAUGGAGAGGGGAGAUGCUGAGCUGCUCCAGGCAGAGAGGGAGGAUCCUGCAGAGCACAACCACUGAGCUCCGUGCUGUGACCUGCCAAACACUCCACCUGCCAGCCCCAAACCCAGGAGCUCUCCUUGGCUUUGUGCUAACAUGAACUAACCAAGCUGCCAGCAGAGUCACCCAAGGCCUCUGUGAUGUGCCCAAUCCCCUUCUGUGACUGGCACUUUGCCCCUCUCCCUCCACCAGCUGACCUCAGCCUGGGGAGAGCUUUGGCAACAAGCCGGGGCAGUGGCUGGAGUGCUGGGAGCAGAUCCUGCCUGCUGAGGAACUUACUCAUUCUAACCCAAGGAAAACUCCCUCCCCCCUAAACCCCUCCCACCCCCAAAUCUUGAUGUUCUGGUGAAGGUGAGAGGAACUGCAGGGGUGAGGUUUCAGCUGCCAGCAGGGAGAAGGGGCAGAGGAGAGGAGGCAGCUGCAGGAAUCCCUGAUGGAGACGAGCAGCAGCGUUUGCACUUGUGUUUUCUUUAGCCUUGGUGAUGCUGAUGCCACAGUGGCUGUUGCUGCCUCCACAGGUGGAAGGAUUUUUCAGAGCCCUCUUCAUUUUUUUUCCCCUACAUCUGGUAAGGGUUGGUCAGAAACUAAACUCUGAGGCAUUGCCAUAAAGCUUCAUUUCCUGAGAGAAAGGUCAGAGCAACAGCUGUUUCUCUUGAGCACUUCUCUAAAGCAUGUUGAUAGUUUCUUCCCUCCCCCAGGCUCUUGCCAUCUGAUAUGAAACCAGAUAACAACUGCAGCUUGUUUUGACUCAGUCCAAAAGAUGCUGCUGGUGAUGAUUGCAGUUGAGCUGGUGGGUUUGGAGGCCAUGGAGUGUUUCUGAGCCUGCUGUGAAAGGUUGCUUUCUGGUGGAAAAGAAGUGGAACUGCAGCCUCUGCUGUGGGGUUCAGCUCUUGUGUAGGAAGGGCAGCAGAUAAUUGAACUGGAGUGUUGUGGAAGAAGCAAAGAUAAAGGCUUAGAGAGGGUUUGGUUGGUUAUAGAUACACAGAGAUGGGGCAGAGGGCAAGAAGCAAUUGUUCUCCUUUGAGUGUGGUCAGAAGUCAUGGCAGGGGAGCUAAGACCAAACUGGGAACACUUGAGGGAUCAAUUGUUGAGGGCUUGAAGGUAAAGUGGCCAAAAGUAGUUCUGUCUCAGAGCAGGGUAUGUGCAGUGGCUGUUGCUGCCUGGCUGAGAUCCCUCCCCUGGAGGGUUGGGGGAGAAGGCCAAACAGGAGAGGGAGCCCUGUCACAACUUGGGGCUUUACAAAGGGGUCAUUGUGGCUUCUGCUGUGUCUGUGCAGCAGUGGUUGCACGUGUCCUUUGCCUCUGCCUCACAGCCAGCACAGGCAGGGGGAGCUCAGGCCAUCCCCUCUCUCCAGGAGCCUGAGGGGAUGUGGACACUGGCUGUGUUCAGCAUCUCACCUCCUCCUGUUGGCAUCAGGGCUGCUUCAUUUUGGCCUUGGAUAGAUCAAGAGCUACAACUGAGUGUAGAUCUGUUGGUGAUGAACAACUUGGAGCCACUGCCUGCCUCAGCUGAGCUGAACUAGGAAUCCAAUGUCCCUUCACCAGGUUUCUGGACCAAUGAACUGUUGGAGGUGGAUGUUGAAGUGAAACCAUUCCUAAUGGCUGGCAUGAAUCCAGCCUGAGAGAUGCUGUGAUCAGAGCUGUAAGAGCAGAGUGAGCAGAGGGCAGCCACCAUGGAUGGGGAGAGGCUUUGCUGCUGCUGCAGCACUGGAGAGCAGAGCUCCCAGAAAGCCUCAAGUCUGUGUCCUGCUGUGACUCCACUUUUCCCAAGCCCAUUGUGGUGAUUGCUCCCCUAAACCUUCCUGGGAACUCUUGUGUGUGUGCACAGCAAACAUGUUGCUUUCCUGAGGGCAUUCCAGUCACUUCAAACUUCCAGGCAGCAAAUCCUGACUCUCUGUUGCUCACCAAAAAAUACCUUUUUCCCCCCUGGAGCUUCACCAAGUGCAUCUGGCAUUUCAUUUCCUUCUGGGAAUGAAUUGGGGUAGGUUUGUCCCUUACAAAAACACACCAAUGAAGUGGAAACAACCCCCAAAUUGAUACCUCCCCUCCCACUGAGGCUUUCAGAGCUUCAGGGGUAGAACACAGUGGAAGGUGAAUGAUAAAGAGGAACAGAGUUUAUAUGAUAUAAAGUAUAGAGAGAUAUAUUUUUAAAAAGCCUUUCCAGGACAGAUAAUUUAUUGCAACUCACCUCUUUCUACCCCCAUUCCCUCUGGCCACUGCUGCUGCCUGUGGCAUCUCAGCCUCCCCUGCCCUGGGUGUGAUCUUCCUCCCCUCCCAACUCAGUCCCCAUCCUCACAACGUGAUACCUGAGUCACUGACAUCCCUCAGCUCCUCACUGAUGGCCUUGGAGUGGUUUGGUUGCUUCACCAGCCUCUGAGCUCAGGGCUGGGUGAUGCCAGAAGGGUCUGUGUGACUGUAGGCAGGGAUGGGUUUGGAGCUCCUCAGCUUGAGGUAACCCCCUUCCCCAUCAGCACAGGGACGUCACCCACCCACCCACCCACCGUUCUGCCUUCAGGUGACAGAGGAAAACUUGGGCCAAGUGGUGACAAGAGAUGAAAUUACCAGACCUGAAUGAAGAAUGGCUCAUUCUGAAGGGCUGGUGAUGGUGCAGGGUGCCAUGGGAGAAUCCCUAUGGAGCAUUCAGCUACUUUUGCCAAGUUUUGUUACUUUCUAGAUGAAAAAGCAACUUUUUUAAAGAGCUUUUUUCUUACCCCCCCUCCUCUCUGUGCUGUGCAGUGCCUGAGCCUCCCUCUUGAACAUCUCCACUCCCAGAGCUUGCCUGCAGGCAGAAUCCAAGGGGGGAGGUAACAGCACUGCCCCAAACACAAGGCAAAGGUUGGCUUGAGUCCUGGCAGCAGUUCCAAGUGAGUUUGGACUGGUGGUGUUGCAUCAACCCCUCCCUCCCCACCUCAAACCAUUCCUUUCCUUUUGGCCACUUGAGUUCUCAAACCAGGAGCUUUUUGGACUUGACUGGUUUUCAUUCUUUGCUCUGCACUUGGAUGGCUGCUGACAUCUUGGAGUCUCUUUGCAGAGGGUGGCCAUGGGGAGAGCCCCUGUUCCCUGAGCAAUGGCAGUACCUCUGUGCUCCCACCUUUCACUGGCACGUGCAUCUCUGUAGCUCUUGGGGUUGGGGGUGUUUCUUUUGUAAGCUAACAGUGAAAUGUAUUGAUUUCAGUUCAGGUUGUGUUUAGAACUGGCUAAUCUCUCCCUCUGAUGGAUUAUUUAUUAAACUGCUGCUUUCCUGUUG